UCAUUAUCAAGACUCUUUGAGACUUUCCGGCUCGUUGCCAUCCGAUUGCGCGUCGAUAUGGCGUUAUCCAACAGCGCGUGCGCGGCGUCCAUGCGAGCCAUCGUAGGUGCUGCGCCGGGCGGUUGCGGCGGCAUUGCGACGCCGCGCGUGCACGGCUGCCCUUGUUGCUGGGAGGCUGCCCGAGGGCUGCCCUCGCGCGCGCGCGCGCGAGGAACAAUCGCCGUUGCAAACCAGCGCGAGACCGCGCCCGUCCCGCGCAGGCCUCAUGCGCGUCCUCGUUGCCCUGGCGUCGUUUGGCGCCGCGGCGGCUGCGGGCGACACGUUCUCCUCCGCCGACGACACGUUGCUGGUGGGCCAUCUCGUGCCGACGGCAUCACAGGAUCCCCGGCUUGAUUCGAAUGGGUGGGCGCUCGUGAUGCACGGCGUCGCGGAGAAGCUCUUUACGCUGAAUGCGGACGGCGAGAUCGUCCCGGAGGUGGCCCAGUCGGCGGGGAAAGUGAGCGAGUUCGAGUGGGAUAUUGACCUGAAGCCGGACUACAAGUUCAGCGACGGGACCCCGGUCACGGCGCAAGACGUCGCGAACUGCCUGAACGAACUGCACACGAUGAACGACAAUACGCAGUCGUCGCUCGGCGACAUCGAGGCAACGGUGCCGUGCGACGGGACGGUGCGGAUCAAGAGCACGAAAGCCACGCCCAUCAUGGACGCGGUGCUCGCCGACUAUGUCUUCGUAGUGUACAAGAAGGUUGGCACGGACUUCGUCUACACGGGCCCCUACAAGAUCACCGAGUUCGUCGCCAACGACCACGUCGACCUGGUGCCCAACACGUAUUACCCGCAGCACACCGAGCGCCGCCCGAUCAAGAUGACCAAGUACGAAAACGGGGCCGCGCUGGCCGCUGACGCAGCGAACCUGGACAUCGCUUUUAAGGUGCCGGUCGACACCCUUGAUACUUUAAGAAACACGACCGGCGUCAACGUCCGGUCCUUCGGGGUGAGCCAGACCUACAUGCGCGCCCCCGCGUCUCGAUCACUCGUUCGAACGAGAGAACGGCUCCCGACGGUCUCCCGCGCAGGAUGUUCUACAACAUGGCAAAAACAGCCCCCAGCCCCGUUGCGGACCUCAAGGUGCGCCAGGCGAUCGAUCUAGCUAUCGACCGCGAAGAUGCCAUGGAUUUAUUGAAGGGAGGCCAUGGCACGCGGAGCCUCUUCCCUCAAAACACGCCCUACUACCAGGACAACCUAGGCAGUUCCUUGGCCAAAGCGACCGAGGCCGGGGCACUCCUCGACGAUGCCGGCUGGACGCUCGAUUCAUCCAACAAGCGCACGAAGGACGGCCAGGAGCUCACGAUCGAGCUCUGUGCCUACGAGUUCCGCCCGGACUUGGGGCUCAUGCAACCGGAGAUCAAAUCGAAUCUAGAAGCUCUGGGGAUCACUGUGAACGACCGCAUGACCACAGACGGGACUUACCUUAACGCGACGGGGGGACUCUACGCCGACGACUGGGUCGAACUCACGGACCGCGUCGCCGCCGGGGACUUCGACAUCCUCAUGUGGUCGCAGAACGUGCUGGCCACGGGCGACCCCGCAGCGUUCCUCAACAAUUUUUUUCACACCGACGGGGGCAGCACCAAGUACAACGGCGGCUUCUCGUCCACAAACGUCGACGUGAAGCUCGACGCCCUGAACGUGGCGGAGGGGCACACGGCGCGCGUCGCGGCGACGGCCGAGGCCCACGCGGCCAUCCUGGCGGAGCAGCCUGUGAGCCACCUGGUGACGCCCUACUGGCACUACUCCCUGAGCGACCGCAUGGUGACCGAGGGCUACACGGCCUACGGCGCCGACUACUACAUCAUCCACGCCGAGAUGUUCCUCACGACGGUGCCGGUCCCGGCGCCGGUCGCGCACCGCGGCUGCCUGAGCACGGACGGCGCCGGCGCCACGAACGCUUUCGCCGCCGGCGCCGCGGCCCUGCUCGCCGCUGUCUUCCUCCACUAGGUGCCUUCCCCUACCUCCUCGCCGCACCUCCAACGAAGUCCCGGAGUCGUGCGCGAGUUAAGAAGAUCCUAGAAUCCUG